AUCAUCAUCAUCAUCAUCAUCAUCAUCAUCAUCAUCAUCAUCAUCAUCAUCAUGCUUCUUAUGCUUCUUAUCAUCAUCGUCGUCGUCAUCAUCAUGCUUCUUGUGCUUCUUAUCAUCGUCAUCGUCAUCGUCAUCGUCGUUCUUCUUCUUUUGAUUCUUCACUUUGUGAUCGUCACCACUGUGCUUCUUCUUUUCAUGAUCAUCAUCAUCAUCGUCAGAGUUGUUGGAGUGCGAUGGGGUGGAAGGGGAAGAUUUGCCAUCAGCAAGUUCGAUGAUGGUCUCAGAGGUCAAAGGCAAAUACAACUUGAGUUUCUGGGACUUCUUGACAGGGUAAAACCAGUGAGGCACGGUGAUUUUGAAGUCAUCGCCCUUGUAAGUCUUCUUGGAGGUAUCCUUCAGGGUCACGGUGUUCUUGGUAUGGACGCGAAUGAUACUGGCGGGACGCGAUGUCACGUCCCAGGCGAAACAGUCUUCGUUGCUCACAGCCGAUGUUCCUUGGAGGGUCAAGAAGGUGCGAGUCGAAUGCAAGUUGGCGUUUCUGAAUUCCAUGAUACAGUUCUUGGGAUUGCUAUCCGAGCCAGCGCUCACGGUGGCGGCAGCAAGAGCGAUAAGUGCGAUGCCUUGGCUAAUCAAUUGCAUUGUUCCAGCAAUACAAUGGGUAAGGAGUGUGAUUGAGAAAGGUAAGGUAAAAGUAAAAGAAUGGAAUUGAACAAAUGAAGAUUGCUGAGAACGUACCGAAGCUUGCAACAAACGGUGCCCUAUUUAUUAUGUUUGUGAGGUUUUCUUUUUUUUUUUUU